AUGUGUAGAGCUCUUGCUUGGGUGCUUGCACCACCUCCUUCCAUUCUUGGGUUGUUACCACCUCCUUCCUUGCUUAGGAUGUUGGUUUCUUUGGCUUUGGGAAGUGUUUUCCUAGGUUUGUUCUUGGAUUGGCUGUUGUUUCCCUCUAGGUGCUUUAGUGGUUUCAUUUUUUUCUUUCACUCAUCAUUAGUCAUGGUGGCGAUCUCUCAGUCUUCAUGGAAGCAACGGCAGGGGUACUUUGGCGUUUGGUGGUGUUUCUACUAUUGGUUGGCUCUGGCUUUAUGCAAGUUUUAUACUCUAACUUUAUGUUAG